UGUCCUGUCGCCAGAGCCUUUCCCUUGAGGGAAGGGGGUGGUGCAUGAGGCCGGGCUUCUCCUUCCGGGCGAUGGGGGGCGGGUCGGGGCGGAGACAAGAUGGCGGCCGGGUGGCUGUGGCGGCGGCUCUGUCAGGGAUCAACUUUUCCUGUCAGUUAUGCAAGCAGAAUUAUGCAAAAGCAGUAUUUUCUUCCAAGCUCCAACUCGAUGGGAGCACGGCUGGCUGGAUCCCAUGUUGAUACACAGGAGCCUAAGACCAAUCCUUUGGUAUCUAUUUCAGAUGAGCCAGAAACACUGUACAAGAGAUUGUCCAUUUUAGUUAAAGGUCACGAUAAAGCUGUGUUGGACAGCUAUGAAUAUUUUGCAGUGCUCGCAGCUAAAGAACUUGGCAUCUCUAUUGAAAAAGUAGAUAAACCUCCAAAGACGAUAGAACGAUUUACACUUCUCAAAUCUGUACAUAUUUACAAGAAGCAUCGAGUUCAGUAUGAAAUGAGAACACAUUACAUGUGUUUGGAGUUAAAAUACCUGACAAGCAGUACUGCUGCAGUUUACUUGGAGUAUGUGCAACGAAACUUACCUGAAGGGGUUGCCAUGGAAGUAAAAAAGACUAAGAUAGAGAGAAUACCUGAGCACAUUAAGAAACCAGUUUGGGAUACACUACCUCAAGUGGAAGAAGCUGAAGUCAAGUCAUGAACACACCAGGUACUUGGCUCUGUUAGUACUGGAAUUCAUUGCUCCUAUCAGCCUAAUUUACUGUUAAAUAAAAGUUCUCUUAUAAAGAAA